UGCCAAAUUUGUCUUCAUCCUUAACCGUUAGCUCUUAAUAUUCCCUCCAUUUUCUCUAUGUUCACUCACAUGCUCUUGUUUCAUUGCUUAGUAUAUAUCUCCAUCUUUCUCUGCUCUUCAUUUGUAACUUUCUUUCUACCUCUCCAAAGUUUAUGGAUAGGUCAAUGAGUCGAAUCAGAGAUCAUAGUCUUUUGUUGGUUCUUGUAAUAAUAGUGUUUUCCAUUUCUCCGUUUGUAUCAUCUAGUCGGAGUAGAACGGAUGGGGUCAUUGUGAAGCAGUCUGAUUUUCAAGCUCUACGAGCGAUAAAGAAUGAACUGAUUGAUUUUCGAGGAAUAUUGAAGAGCUGGAACGACAGUGGUCUCGGGGCUUGCGGUGGAGGUUGGUUGGGAAUCAAGUGUGUGAACGGGGAAGUCAUCGCGAUACAGUUACCAUGGAAAGGAUUGGGUGGCAGAAUAUCCGAGAAGAUAGGACAAUUGCGAGCGCUUAGAAAGAUUAGUCUUCACGAUAAUGUGAUUGGUGGUGUUGUUCCAACUUCUUUAAUCUUGUUACCAAAUUUAAGAGGUGUUUAUCUGUUCAAUAAUCGACUUUCGGGUUCGAUUCCACCAUCAAUUGGAAGAAGAAGUCCAGUUCUUCAGACUCUUGAUCUUAGCAACAACCAACUCACUGGUACUGUCUCUCCAAAUCUUGCGAAUUCCGCCAGGUUAUACAGACUCAACUUGAGCUACAAUGCACUUUCGGGGUCUAUCCCAGUAAGUUUAACUCGAUCAUCUUCUCUUACUUUUCUCGCACUUGAACAUAAUAAUCUUUCUGGUUUUAUUCCUGAUACGUGGGGCGGUAUGGUUAGCAUGAAUAAGUCGUACCAACUUCAGUAUCUUACACUUGAUCAUAAUCGUCUAUCUGGGAAAAUUCCAGCUUCGAUUAGUAAGUUAAGUAUGCUCGAGGAGAUUAAUCUGAGUGAUAAUCGUAUUAAUGGGACCAUUCCUGAUGAAUUAGGCGGUCUCUCGAGGCUUACUGUUCUCGAUUUGUCUAAUAAUCUCAUAGAUGGAGCUAUUCCUGCUAGUUUUUCGAACCUUUCAGCUCUUGGUACUUUGGUUUUAAAGAGUAAUCUACUCGAUAACCAAAUCCCGGAGGACAUUGAUAGAUUGAAAAACCUUUCAAUGCUGGAUUUGAGUAACAACAAAUUCGUUGGUCGUAUUCCAGCUACUAUUGGAAAUAUUUCCGGACUUGCCUCACUUGACUUAUCUGAAAACAAUUUCACCGGUGAAAUUCCAAACUCUCUUGUUUCGUUGGAAAAUCUGACUUCGUUGGAUGUCUCUUAUAACAAUCUUUCCGGGAUUGUCCCAUCUCUUCUUUCUAAAAUGUUCAAUUCAAGUGCUUUUGUUGGAAAUCUAGAACUUUGUGGAUAUAGUCCCUCAACUCAAUGUGCUUCACCGCCCCCUCAGACUCUUCCUUCUCCUGUUAGCGGGGUUGUGAAGCCUCGCCAUCGCAAACUUAGUACCAAGGAUAUCAUUCUCAUAGUAUCAGGAGCUCUUCUAGUUGUUCUACUUCUUUUGUGCUGCAUGUUACUUUGCUGCUUGAUUAGGAAAAAGGCAAAUUCGAAAGCGAAAAAUGGUAGCAAAGCCAGUGGCCUAGCUACUACCGCAGGGAGAGGUGCAAAGGCGGUUCCGGAAGUAGGAGGGACUGAAGUUGAAUCAGGUGAAGCUGGUGGAAAGCUAGUCCAUUUUGAUGGACCUUUCGUGUUUGCAGCAGACGACUUGUUAUGUGCCACUGCAGAGAUCAUGGGGAAGAGCACUUAUGGGACAGCAUAUAAGGCAACAUUGGAGGAUGGUAAUCAAGUUGCUGUGAAGAGGCUACGCGAGAAGAUCACAAAAGGGCAGAAAGAAUUUGAAGCUGAGGUUGCUGAAUUAGGAAAGAUUCGACACCCAAAUAUUUUGGCGCUUAGAGCGUAUUACUUGGGACCAAAAGGAGAAAAGCUUCUUGUCUAUGAUUAUAUGCCUAAUGGAAGUCUCUCAUCCUUCCUCCAUGCUAGAGGUCCCGAGACAACGAUAGACUGGCCUACAAGGAUGAGGAUUGCUAUCGGUAUAACAAAAGGAAUCUGCUUUCUGCAUACCAAAGAAAACAUAAUACAUGGGAAUCUUACGUCAAGCAACAUACUGCUUGAUGAACAAAACAACCCAAAGAUUGCGGAUGUGGGACUCUCCAGGCUUAUGACUACUGCUGGAAACACCAACGUGAUUGCCACUGCAGGCACGCUAGGUUAUCGUGCACCGGAACUUUCCAAAAUCAAGAAUGCAAGUACCAAGACUGAUGUCUAUAGUCUUGGAGUGAUCAUUUUGGAGCUCUUAACUGGAAAAUCCCCUAGCGAGGCUACGGAUGGUCUCGAUUUGCCACAGUGGGUAGCUUCCAUUGUGAAAGAGGAGUGGACUAAUGAAGUGUUUGAUGUGGAACUUAUGAGGGAUGCACCUAAUAUUGGUGAUGAGUUGCUUAAUACAUUGAAACUGGCUUUGCACUGUGUUGAUCCUACACCAACUGCUCGGCCAGAAGCUCCGCAAGUACUACAGAAAUUGGAGGAGAUAAAACCAGAGCUGAUGUUAGCAGCCACCAGUUCUGGAGAUGAUGGCACAGCAGUUCAAGAAAAGAGUGAAUAAACUCUGUUGUUUCACAAGGUUGAUUGAAACAAUUGUGGAAAUUUUUUUGAGCUUUUUUACUAUAUAUCUAUUCGUUUAUUCUUUCAUUAUUCUUUCACAAGAUCUACUAGUAAACUGUAUAUAAGAGUUUGUGAUUGCUACAUAGGUUUUACUGAUGAGAAAAACAUUUUGUUCAAUUCUUUCACUUUAUUCAUUGUAAUGUACUGAUAAACUAAAUGCAUACCUAUUUUUUUCAUGAGAUAUA